AUGGAUUGGCUGGAGGUGAUCACGACCACUAUGCAGGACCUGUCCGAUGGGAGUGCGGCUUGGUGGACGAGAGUAAGAGCCUUAGCGGAUGAGUCUUACCGGACAUGGACCCAUGCCUCCCCAGUUGAGAAGCUGAGCAUACAACCUCCCAGAGAUGAAGAGUUGGAAACAGGGCGUUGGAGCAGGGUUAACUCGAGGGGUGGUUCGAUGAUCAUGUUGGCCCUCCAUGACUCAGUUCGUCAAGAGAUGGUUCAGCGGAGGUCUACAGGUUCGGUGACGGCGCUGGUGUUCAGACUCCUGACGAUUUAUCAACCAGGACGACAGCAGGAGACGGUGAUGAUCUUACAAAACCUUCAGCAGCCAGAGCCUGAGCACAGCGCACAGAAGGCGGUGAAAGCACUACGAACGUGGGCAAGAUGGCUCAGGCGAUGCAAGGAGCUAGGGGUUUCGGCCCCAGAUCCAAGCCUCCUUAUGAGAGGCCUCUCGACGAUCACCAAGAAUGUGCUCGAAAAGGAUGCUGAAGCAAGCUUCCGAACUUCUUUGGUGAAAAGCCACUUGUCCGUGGACACGAAGCCGUCUCUGGAUUCGGUGGAGAAGUACUACCAUCACCUUUUGGCAGAGUGCGGAACGAUUACGGACGGAAAGGGAUACCAACACCUCAACCACGACAACCACUCCGCGUCCGACUACUCGGCCAAAGACUGUGGAGCUGAUCCCAGCAAGAUCCUCUUCCUCUUCCGGGACAAAUGGUGCUAUGUCGGCAACGUCGUUGAAGACUAUGGGGUGGCAAUGGACAAGACAAAGAUUGAGACGGAGGGUGUGAUCAAGGCUGUGUGUGAUGAUGCUGUGUCGGUUGAGGAAGUGCUGGGCCUGUUGGAAAGUGGUGCAAGUCAUGCAAUGAGACCUGCCAAGGAGGAAGAGUACAUGGAAGGACAACCAGUGCGUGUGACCUUGGCCGGCGAGGAUGUGAGAGUUCUGAAACAGAACAACGAAGGCACAAUCUUGGUCCAGGAGGAGAACUCGGUGAUCCAGCCCAUCGUGCCAUCGGGGGCGGUAAUCGAGAACCUGGGCUGCACCCUUCAUUGGUUUGCUGCAGCAGGUGCUUUGGGUUUGACUCGAGAGCUUGAGAUGAGCCAGGUGAACACCCUGAACGAGCACGUGGCAAGCUUAAGGGCAAGGUUGGAAGUGAUUCAGAAAGAGGAGAAGAGGGACUGGGCUACGAGAUUUCUCAAGGACUGGAUCCAGACCAACGCUGUUGAAAGGCGAUCCUCACUUCCCCUGUGCGAUGAAAACUACAAGAACGACCCCUUCAACGCGAUCCCCCUGGCAGGCAAAAUCGUCCUGGACAUUGACAUUACCAAGUCCAAGCUUUGGGACUUGACUGCAGCGCAGCAGCAGAAGGUGGAUGCGGAAACCGCUUGUGUGGCUAAGCAGUUGAUGACAUGGUUCUUGGCGCAGAUGAAUGGGCAAAGGGAUGUGGGUUUCCUCUUGGAGCUUCCUGCAGAGUGUGAAAGGUUACGCAAUGAUGAUCCGGUGAGAGCUUCGGUGUGGACCACGGAAAUGUGGAAGGCCUUUCGGUCAGUGGCGGGAAUGAAGGAGGUGUCGUUCUACAUGGGGGCCUACGGUCAUAAAGCGAAGGAAUUCAAGGAGCUGGUGUCGGAAUUGAUCAGGGACUACCACUCCGCCCGUUGGCAGGACGAGGAGGAGCUAGUGCAAAAUGGGGCCACGGGAUACCAACACCGGCGGAGGAAGAACCCGCAGAUGUACACGAUUGCUCUGGACUUAGCUGGCCCUUUCAAGCAGAAGUGCCGUUACAUGGAGCAUGAGGAUUACAAGUACAUCAUGGUUGCUGCUUACAGAUGCCCCAGGGAGUAUAUGAGCGCAAAGGCCAUUGAGGAGCUAGACAAGGAGUUUUAUGUUCCCGACGACCCCCUGGAGUUUGAUGGCGAGGACCCAAUGGAAGUGCUUCAUGACCGAGGCAAUGCUCAACGCUCAAGCGACUCAGAGAAGGACGAGGAGGAGGAAGAAAGUUUGCCUCUUGGUCCAGAAACCCUGGAUGAUGCGGUGGAAGGACUGUCUCAAUCCGAAAAGUGGGCAACUAUGUAUGUGACAAGACCUCUUCGAGGAAGGACAAAUCACUAUGUGGUCCAGGCGGCCAAGGAGAUCCUUCUACAAUUGAAACAAACAGGACUCCAUGUGGAAACCAUCCACACAGACAGGGCCAGAGAGUUCAAGGCGAAGGCGUUCAAGGAAUGGACGGUGGAUUCAAAGUUGAGGCACACCAAAACGACUGGAGCAGAUCCUUCAGGCAACAGCUCAGCUGAGUUGGGCAUCAAGUGGGCAAAGGCUCGAGUGAGAGCUCUUCUUGGAGCAGCCAAGGCUUCACCACGGGAUUGGCCGAUGGCAAUGCAACAUGCCGCUGCAACAGCCUGGGCGAAAGCUUUUCCAGCUAGCUCAUGGACUACCCCUCCGGCUACCGCGUUUGGAAACGAAGUGUGGUUUAGAUCCAAAGCCUACCAGGGCAAGAAGGAGAAGAAGCACGAAGCAGCUGGAGCGAGGUGGAAAAAGGGUGUGUACCGGGGACCUGCAAUGGAUGUUGGAAGAGGCCACCUGAUCAUGAGAGAAGAUGGUGGACUCACCGUGGCGAAGAGCGUGAAGUAUGAUGUGGUGGAGCCUGAGAGAGACCUGCAGGGCCUCCUCGAGCCAGCCAUUGGUGGUGGAAUCCCAGAUGAGUGGUUUGGUGAUGGGAAGCCGCAAACACUGGGAGAGCUAAAGGAUGAGAUCGAGUUCAGGGCCAAUAAGCUCAACAAAGAGAAGAACUACGACAUCGGGGAGGUGGUGAAGCUCUACUACCUCUUGGAAAACCUUGGCCAAUCGGACGCGAGGUUUAACAAGAAGGCCCCGGUGACUUCGUGGUAUACAGGGGCGUUUGUACAUGGAGGCGUCGCUGGAACGAGAUCUAACGUGAAAGAAUUCCCCAAGGCCACCAAGUACCUGACUGAGUUUGCGAAGUACCACACUGUGGAUGAUGAUGUGGAAGAGUCUGAGUGCGUUACCAAGGCCCUCCCCAACGGAGCAGAUCUUCUCAGUGAGCAUGGGUUUAAUGUGGACCCCGAAUCGUUGAACUCCCCGGACGAGGACACUGAGGAGGAGGACGUGAGCGAUGGUUUUUCGGCGUUCCCAGCGGUCAAAAUGAUGGUGGCUGAAACAGCCGAAGUACAGUACACGCCGAACAUUGAGGGCAUCCUCGAGGAAAAUGAGGCGAGGGGGAAGCAGCUGGAGGAGUUCAAGAACCUCACUGCAGUGAAGCGGGCUUUCACGGUGAAGAAGAGGAACCAGCUCCCUCCAGACUGCCGCAUUGUUCCUUACAAGGGUGUCUACACGGUGAAGCCAGACAAAGCAUUGCCGGGAUACCGGCGAAAAACCAGAUUCGUUGCUUGUGGGAACCAUGUACCUGAAGAUGCAGCCUUCCUGGACUUGUUUGCAAGUGGACGGGAUGCUACCUCGCUAAGGGCAAUGUUGGCACUGAGCGCGAGGAAACCGUGGCGCAUUGGAACCACGGAUGUGAGGCAAGCCUUUGUCCUAGCCGGUUGGACAGGGGGCCCUGUGGCCCUGGAACCACCGGGGAUUGCCUAUGCCUUAGGGCUAGCAGUCCCUGGAGAUGUAUGGUACGUUGAAAAGGCUUUGUAUGGACUCAGGGACUCACCGGCCCUUUGGGCAGCCUUCAAAGACUCGCAGCUCAAGAAGGCCAGAUGGGAGAUGAGUAUCAACCUGUUACUUCAUGCUGAGGAGGAGGAGGGCUUCGUGAACGAGAUUUUACGGGAGGAGCGGGCUUUGAUAGAUGCAGAGCCAACAGCUGUAGACCAGAAGGACCCGGCGUUGAAGGAAGCGCAAAGGCUCUUGGACUACCUGAAUGAGACGAAGUUCUAUCGCUUGGGGUUGACCCAGGACACCGACGAGGUGACGGAGGAGCUGCACGUGUACACGGACAGAAGGCAACAGUUAAUGACUUUGUCAACAGCAGAGUCGGAGUUGUUAGAAGCCGUGAACGAAGGGCAGGAGCUGUAUAUCAAGUUCACCCCGGGCGAGUUUGAGAGGGCAGACUUGGGAGCGAAAGUGAAGGCCCUGAGAGCCUCCGCAUCCUCGGCACCCAAAGGGAAGCUGACCAGGGUAGAGUUAAAGGAGCUGCAAACACUUAUGACCUAUGAGCCCGGCGACCUCACCGAAGAACAGAAGGAGAGGUUAUGUGAUUUGAAAGAGAAGUUCGACAACACCAUGCCCAAGGAGUGUUCCCCUCUUCCGAGAUUUCCUCCUGAUGUGAAAUUGAUGAAGGAUCAGUCAACGCAAGCUGAUUAUGAACCGGCUUUUGCUCGAGUACCUCCGCCACCAGCUCCGGUUCGAGAGGUCAUUGCAGGGCAGUUCUACCAGGAAUGCUGGACGGGUGCAGCAAGUUACGCUUUGUCGAUGCUGCUUAGAGGCUUAGAGAAUGGCGGCAACCGCAUCUAUUGA